GCUUGUUGUCGACAUCACUAUGAUUCAAAAUAUUUGUUAUCAUCAUGACUAUAACUAUUCCAACACUACGACUGUCGUUAGUAAUAUUGGUUAUCAUCAGUUGCAUAGCGGUGAUUUUAUUGUGAAUGUGUGACAGAGAGCAACAGUCAGCAGAUUAAGGCGGUGCCGUGUCACCAUCCUUAUAACUCUUCGCUGCACUUCAUUCCGAGAUAGCGGUUGAAGUGUCGUUUGUGUCUUACCUGAAGACAACGUCAAACACAGGUGCUGCACGUGAACCACUGAACCAGUUUAAGGUUUCCAAACGAAGCAGAUACUGGAAUGGCACCAAUUUUGUAUGACACAGAACCACAACCUGGAGAUUUAAUAGAAAUCUUCCGUGGGCUCUACCAGCACUGGGCUGUGUACAUCGGAAAGGGCUACGUUAUUCACUUGGCACCACCCUGUGAGGUUGCAGGAGCAGGUGCCAGCAGUUUUAUGUCCGUCACCUGUGAUAAGGCCAUAGUGAAGAGAGAGCGGCUGUGGGAUGUGGUGGGAACCGACAAAUGGCAAAUAAACAACAUUCUCGAUGACAAGCGUGAGCCCCGCCGAGCUCCUGUCAUUGUGGAGGAGGCCAAGGCGCUGGUGGGCAGCGUGCAGCCAUACAGCCUCCGUUGUCAGAACUGUGAGCACUUUGCCACUGAGCUGCGCUAUGGCAAGGCAGAGUCCCGCCAGGUUCGUGGUGCACAAAAUAUGCUCAUAGCCGCUGGCACGGCAGCGGUCGUGGGUCUUGGAGCUGCAGCUUUCAUACGACAUCUGUCGGGACGCAGCAAACACACCGAGGAGGACUCGGACUCGGACUGAUCAAAGUCUGGAUUCACCUGUUUUGUUUUUGAAAUUAUUAUUUUUUGGAUAAUAUAAUCACUUAAAUGUGGGAAUUAUUAUUGUAGAUUAAAUUGAUUGAGCCCUCUGUAUUUACAUUGGGGGCAAGUUCUCAUCAUGUUUGUAAUGGUCAAACUAAACACCUUUUGAGAUAGAUAGUUGCUUAAUUCUACACACAGUGCCUUUAGCAGAUCACCAGCAGCCCAUCGAUCUGAAUCACAUGCUGCGUGCACAGUUAAUAGGCAAGUGAGUAUUUUGAGCUUAUUGUCAAUUCUAUGCUUGUUUUCCAACUCCAAGCUAUAUGAACUUGAAAGCUAAUUGGAUUUAAACAUUAUCAGGUGGUGUGUAUUUGUGUGAUGAGCCCGUGCCUGGAACACUAAUGCACAAGGACUGGUAUGGGCUGCUAUCAUUAAGGAUGAACUAGAUGUGCCUUGAAAUUCCUAAACCUACUGCCAGUUUUUAGGAGAUACUUCCUUGAAGCAAUGGUACGGGAAAAAGUUUGUGUCAUUUACGAAGGCCAUGAUUUUUAUGCGAGACAACACAGUUUGGAUUGACUGAGAGAACUGCAUUUGCUCAGGAAUACAACUUGCCUAUUAAUUGUGCAUGCAGUGUAUAACACUACCUAUUUUGUAUUUAGUAUUUUAGUCAUAUUUAUAUGGAGAAUGAUCACACUAUUUAACUAUUAGGAAAAGCACUGACCUACACACUACUUCACACUAACUCCAAUAACAAAGACUCCAAGGUCAUAGGUUUUGGAAGGGAAAUGCAACAAAAUAACUGAUGAAAAUGUGAUGAAAUUGUCAGUACAAGAAAGCCAUGUAACUACAUGUCGUGUUACUUUGUUACCUCCUGACGCUUAACUGUUUGUAUGUGGUUGGAAUAAAAUACUACGUCUGUGUAA